AUAAAGUGAAUGGAUAUGUGUCAUUGGAGCCCCUGUAGGGGUGUGUACUGUCUAGCCAAUCUUGGAUAUCGUUCGUGUGAAAAUCAGGCCACUGAUACCACAUCAACACCGUGAAAGAUUUGGCCACUUUCCCUUACAAGAACGUCACGAAACCAGUUGAUGGCGUUGUUGUCACGCCCGUACGCGCGCAGCGCGGUGCGACCCUCCUCCCUCGAGCUACAUUCCUGUGGACUAAAGGCCUCCAUCAACCUCUUAAAGUAAUAGGCGCAUGCUUGAUGAGCAUUAGGCAGUAAUUUGUGAUGGAAUAGUUAUUAUUUUCUUUCACGACUCUUUCGUGCAAAUUUCCGCAGUGAACUGGGCAAACUUUGCAAAACAUGAUAGUCGUGUAGACACUCCAACCAUGUGAACGGCGUAGACCACAGACAAAUUGUAUGGGAGGCACGACAACCAGGUGAACCGUGUUAACCGGAUGGUGCUCUGCUUGCAGGGGGCUACUCGCGGGCGCCGCGCAUCUCGGAGCACCCCCAGUCGGUGGUGGUGCCUCGGCACGACCCCGUGACGCUCAAGUGCGGCGUGGAGGGCCUGGACGGCGGCAGCGUGGAGUGGUGGAAGGACGGCGCCCCGAUCAAGACGCACGGGCCGUCGGCCCACCGCAUGCUGCUGCCCGACGGCUCGCUCUUCUUGCUGUCCGCCACGCAGCGCAGCAAGGAGCGCAAGGACUCGGACGCCGGCGUGUACUGGUGCGUGGCGAGGAACGCCUUCGGCAACGCCACCAGCAGGAACGCCACGCUCGAAGUGGCCGUGCUUCGAGACACGUUCUCAACGGAGCCCCGCAGCAUGCGGGUGGCCCAAGGUGACGACGCGCUGCUGGAGUGCGGGCCCCCCAAGGGGCAGCCGGAGCCCACCAUCACCUGGACCAAGGACGGGGAGACCCUGGACCUGGACUCCAGCAAACGGUUCCGGCUGGCGGACGGAUCCAACCUGGCCAUCGAGACGGUGCACAUCGCGGACCGUGGCAUCUACCAGUGUGUCGCCACCAACAUCGCGGGCAGCCGGGAGUCCAAGGAGGCGCACCUCACCGUUAAUGUGAAGCCGUACAUCGUGGCGGGCCCCGUGGACACCAUGGUGCUGGCGGGGUCGGCCCUGGAGCUGGCCUGCCGCGUGGGCGGCGACCCACUGCCCGACGUCAUGUGGCGACGGGAGCGCGGCAGCAUGCCCCUGGCCAGGGUGUCCGUGCUGGAGGACCGCACGCUGCGGGUGCACUCCGCCACGCCCGACGACGCCGGCCUCUACAUCUGCGAGGCCGACAACCCCGUCGGCACCGUGUCCGCCUCGGCCAGGGUCGUCAUCCACUCGCUGCCGUCGCUAUCGCUGCGUCCGCGCGACAUCAGCGUGCCGCUGGGCCGCGACGCGACCUGGGAGUGCGCC